AUGACAAGACGUACUACUAUUGAUCCUGAUUCGGUGGUAUUGAACCCUCAGAAGUUUAUUCAGAAGGAAAGAGCGAACUCCAAAAUCAAGGUCGACCAAGUUAACACCUUUUUAGAGUCAUCCCCUGAAAGAAGAGCUUUAACGCACGCCUUAAUAGACCAAAUAGUGAAUGAUCCGGUAUUGAAAACUGACACAGACUACUAUGAUGCUACAAAAUUGCAGGAGAGAGAAGUUACUGCGAAGAAAAUUGCUAGACUUGCUAGCUAUAUGGAACAUGACAUCAAGACUGUCCGCAAGCACUUCCGCGGCACUGAUCUCAUGGAAGACUUGCAAGCAAAUGACCCAGAUAAAGCCGCUCCUUUAACUAACAAGGAUAUAUCUAUAUUUGAUAAGAGGUUAUCGCUGGUAGCCAAUAUCGAUCCUCAGUUGGGCACUCGUGUGGGUGUCCACUUGGGGCUCUUUGGUAAUUGUAUUAAAGGCAAUGGUACUGAUGAACAAAUUCGGUAUUGGUUACAAGAAAGGGGUGCCACUUUAAUGAAAGGUAUAUAUGGCUGCUUUGCAAUGACUGAACUAGGACAUGGCUCUAAUGUGGCCCAGCUACAGACAAAGGCGGUGUACGAUAAGCAAACUGACGCCUUUAUUAUCGAUACGCCUGACCUGACCGCCACUAAAUGGUGGAUUGGUGGUGCUGCCCACUCUGCCACGCAUGCUACAGUGUACGCUAGACUGAUCGUUGAAGGUAAAGACUACGGUGUGAAGACAUUUGUUGUCCCUCUCAGAGACCCUUCGACUUUCCAAUUGUUACCUGGCAUUUCUAUAGGCGACAUUGGGGCCAAGAUGGGUCGUGAUGGUAUUGACAAUGGUUGGAUCCAAUUCAGAAACGUAGUUAUUCCCAGAGAAUUUAUGUUAAGCAGGUUCACUAAGGUCAUUCGCUCGCCAGAUGGUUCUGUCACAGUCAAGACUGAGCCACAACUAGAUCAAAUUUCUGGCUAUAGUGCAUUACUGAGUGGUAGAGUUAACAUGGUUAUGGAUUCGUUCAGAUUCGGCUCGAAGUUUGCCACCAUUGCGGUGCGUUACGCGGUGGGUCGUCAGCAAUUCGCACCUAAAAAGGGGAUGUCCGAAACACAACUAAUUGACUAUCCCCUUCAUCAAUAUCGUGUCUUGCCGCAAUUGUGUGUCCCAUAUUUGGUGUCCCCCGUGGCUUUCAAAUUGAUGGACAGCUAUUAUUCCACUUUGGACGAGUUAUACAAGGCAUCUUCAUCUGCAGAUAAAGCUGCUCUGAUUACCGUUAGUAAGAAGUUGAAGAAUCUAUUUAUUGAUAGUGCUAGCUUGAAAGCCACCAACACUUGGCUAAUUGCUACGUUGAUUGAUGAAUUGAGGCAGACUUGCGGGGGACACGGGUACUCCCAGUAUAACGGAUUUGGAAAGGGCUAUGAUGACUGGGUGGUUCAGUGCACCUGGGAAGGUGAUAACAACGUUUUAUCUUUAACUUCAGCAAAAUCAAUACUGAAAAAAUUCGUUGAUUCGGCUACAAAGGGCAGGUUUGAUGCCCAAUUAGAUGUUGAUUCAUUCUCUUAUUUGAAACCUCGGUACAUAGGAUCUGUGAUUUCUGGCGAGACAAAGAGUAGUUUACAGGAGCUAGGUGAUUACACUGAAGUUUGGUCUAUUACUUUGGUUAAAUUGUUGGCACAUAUUGGUACUUUGGUUGAAAAAUCAAGAAGUAUUGACAGCGUCUCCAAGCUUCUAGUUUUAGUGUCCAAAUUCCAUGCUUUGCGUUGUAUGUUGAAAACCUAUUAUGAAAAGCUAAAUUCUUCCAGUGAUUCACAUAUCUCCGAUGAAAUUACUAGGGAAUCCUUGUGGAAUGUCUAUAAGUUAUUUUCGUUAUACUUUAUUGACAAACACUCCGGAGAAUUCCAGCAAUUCAAAAUUUUCACUGCUGAUCAGAUCUCCAGAGUUGUGCAGCCGCAGCUAUUGGCUCUUCUACCAAUUGUGAGAAGGGACUGUAUAAGUUUGACAGACUCUUUUGAGUUACCUGACGCAAUGCUAAAUGCCCCUAUCGGUUACUUCGACGGUGAUAUCUAUCACAACUACUUUAAUGAAGUUUGCCGCAACAAUCCAGCGGAAGCAGAUGGAGCAGGUAAACCCCCCUAUCAUGCAGAGUUGAGUACCAUGCUCGGUAGAGGGUUCGAAUUCGAUCAAAAGUUAGGCGGUGCAGCUACUACAGAAACUCUAUCAAAAUUAAACAAAUGA